AUGUUGUUAUCUGAUGGACUGAUUCCCUUGCGUGUUAUAAGGAUGAAGAGUGAGGAAGAGAGCUUGCCAAGUUUGCCGCCUGAAGAAUUUUACCGGGGUAUCGCUGAUGAGAAUUUGGCUCGUUGUCAGAACUGCUGUUUUGUUCUGUACUGUAUGAGCAAAGUUCAGUUGGAUUUGGAGAUGAUUGAUGAUGACUGCCAGUCAUUUGAGCUGUUCAAGGAUUGCUACAAUAGAAACAAGAGUAUGGGGCGAAGGUUGCAAUUGCAAAACUAUUUCAGUGUUAAAAGUUCGAAAAGACCGUUAGAUCAGGAUUUGGGGGAUGUUUGGGAUGGUACUACAGUCUUAUCGGUAAAAGCCGAGGGAGACAGUAAUGUAUCAGAGAUGUCAAUAUAUCCGAAAAUCAUGAUAUUUGGUAAAUCGAAUGAAUUCCUGGAUACGAAAAGACACAUCAAAGCCUAUCAGCACAGGUUCCAGCUUGUGCUAGAAAAACACAAUUCGGGGAAAUUACCACACCUUCAUGCCAAUUGGCUUAAACUCAUAGAAUCAUACGUCGAGUUUGUCUUUCGAGACUUGACGAUCAAAUGGUGCCAAUGGCUACAUUCGAUACGAGCUGUGGGUCAACGACAUAGCGUUCGGACAUCGCUGGACCGUUUGCUCCCUAAGAUGUGUAAGCAGUUCUGGAAUUACCAUUUUCUCUUUCAGCAUUCUUUGCGCAGAUCGAUUGGUUCGUUGAGCUCUAUGCUGACUAGGCGGGCAUGCGUAUUGGCGAAGAACCUCAAUGAAGAGGCAAGAUCUUCUGUUAGCUUUGGGCUUUGGUUAGACUCAGUCAACGGUAUAUUGAUAUUUGCUAACGGCUCAGCAACUGCUAACGGUAUUACGUACGAUAAUACGGUAACUCCAACGUGUGGUAUUUGCCUAGAUCAAGUUCCCCCGCAUAUCGUCACCAAGAAGCUCUUGCUGUUCUUGAACUUUGCUAUCAUUGAAAGCUUCAUGGAUGAGAUUCGUUGA